ACAGCAGAAGUGGAACAAGACAAGUACAGAUCAACAGCACAAUCCCUACAGAACAGUAAACACACACACGGGGACACAGUACUCAGAAACACAUUACUCAAUACCAAGGACAACAACCUGCUAGCUUCUACUGACUGAGCUUCCUGUGAUCGGGCAAGAUGAGGUUUCUGAUUGGUUGGGUUGUGUUGGUCAUGUCAUUGGGGGUCUUGCAAUGCGCAGCAGAAGACCCUGCAGCAGGCAUCUCAGAGGACACCCUGAAGCAACUGUCUGAUGUUGGGGAGAAGCUGGUGGAUGAGGAGGUGAGGAGAGCUCUGUAUGGAGUGAAACAGAUGAAGGAGGUACUGGUGAAGAAUGAGGAGAAACAUGAAGACCUGAUGAAGUCUCUCCAACACAGCAGUGACAAGAAGAAGGGUGUGGCCCAGCUAUACCAGGAGGUGGAGCUAAAGCUGGAGGAGGCGGAGCAUCAGUGCCAGGAGUCUCUAAAGGAGGAAUGGGAGGCAUGUUGGCUGUGUCUGGAGGACGCCUGUAAGACCUUCUACACCUCCACAUGCAGGCAGGGCUUCAGCUCCUUCCAGGCCAAGGUAGAGAACUUCUUCCGCGGGGUGUCAUCUCGGUUCGGCCAGAGAGACCCACGUCCUCUAGAUGGAGAUAUGUUGGUGAACCAGAGUGCUGAUAAACCCGACAGGGAGGUAGUUCGCAUAGAAGACUCCUUCAACAGCCUCAUCGCCAAGGUGGGCUCCCUGUUUGAGCGCAGUGUGGUGCUGGUGGACAAGAUGCAAGGUAAACUGGACCAAAACCUCCAGAAGGCCUUUGACCCCCAGAGCAGAGGCCAAGCCCAGGGCCAACAGCCUACCCAGGACCCCUUCUUCCUGGGGAUGGACUUGGGCUUCAUCCACAGAGUGGGGCUGGAGGAGGUGCUGGACUCCUUCUUUAACUUUGGGAAGAGUGUUGUGGAGGACUUUGGGGACGUGGUCACACAAGUGUUUGAUGACCUCAAAGACGUUGUGGAGGAGGAGAGGAAGAGAGAGAGGGAGCUGUUCCCUCAUUUCCUCCAGAACAAGAAGUUGUGUAGAGAGUUGAGGAGGCAGACUUCAGAAUGCUGGCAGCUGCAGAACCAGUGUCAGUCCUGCCAAGGGGUGCUGCUCACAGAGUGUCCCAGUGUGCGGGAGCUGCAUGUGGAACUGGAUGAGGUGUCUCAGCUGCGGGACAUGUCGAAGGAGCAGUACGAUGAGGUUCUGAGCAUUGUGCAGCAGCACACAGGUGACACGGCGAGCUGGAUAAGCAACAUGGCUACUGAGUUCAGCUGGGUGACAGAAAUGGUCAACAACAACACCACACCUGAUACCAUAUUCCGCAUCAGAAAGGUGGUGUCAGAGGGAGUUGAUGGCGGCAGCUCGUCAGGGGGAGACACCAAGGUGGAGCUGAACAUCCUAAACUCUCCUCCUCUCCUCCUGACCAUCCCAGCUGGUGUGGAGCUGCAGGACCCCGCCUUUAUCAAUUUCGUCACUCAGGAGGCCCUGGGGAUGUACAAGCAGAUGUUCAGACACAAUGACGACUAAGCAUGAAGAAAGUUCACUCACUGUCAUGUCAUAGUUAGUGGACUGUACGCCGUGUGUUUUUGUUUACUAGAUUUAAUGUAUAUCGUUUUGUAAACAAAUGAAUAUGUAUUUAUUUAGGGAACAUUUUAAGAUUAAUGAGACAACUUAUUGUAAUGUUGGAAUUAAUUACAUGUAAAAUUGAACCAAAGUAACUUGUACCAGUUGUCAUGUUGCAUGUUGUACAAUAAAAUGAGGAGCUAGAUUCAAGUACAACA